AUGGCGGCCGUGGCGUACGGUGUUGAAGAGGAAGAAGUGUGGAAAUGUGGUAAGCAUCCAUCGAAGAGACGGCGCAAUGGUAUCUGCGCAACUUGCCUCCGCGAACGCCUCGGCAUCCUCUGUCCUCACUGCGCUCAGGUACGUCCCUGCCCCUGCGUCUACAGCUCCACGUCCUCAUCCUCGUCGGCGUCGGCGUCGUCUUCGUCCUCUAUCGGACGCGUUCUCGACGGAGGAUCUACACUCCGCCGCUCGAGAUCCGUCGCGAUCCCCUUCCUCCGCUCGAGCAAAAACUACGACGAUCCAAACAACCGUCGCUUCAAAACGCCGUCGUUCCUAUCUGUUUUCAAGCGGAGCAAAACGAAGAGAAGCGAACAGGCGAAGGAGAACUUCAAUGACCUCAACGGCGACGGCGACGAGGAUAAUUCCAUCAGCAACCACCGAAUCGAGGAUUUCGCAAGGAUGAUUACUAGAUCGCGGUCAGUCAACAGCGCCGCCGCGACCGCGUCCAAUCUCCGCCGCGGCGACGCCACUUCGGCGGCGUCGAAGGCCAAAUUCUGGCGGUUUCCGAUGAAGAUCUUCCGCAGUUAA